CUUUUCUCUAUUAUUGGAACUCUGACUUGGACUUGGGAGGUUUGAUCUUGCUUUGGAGGUGAAUAAGUGAUUGGUAUUGAAGAGAUUUGUUUGGGAGGUUCUGGACCAACCAACCAUAUCAAUUCAUAUCAGAUCAGAGAAGAUUAACCUAUAUCAACCACUCCGUCCAGAUCAACCAAGGCAAAAAAAUAUAUUGGUUCAUCCUUUCCACGAUAUCAAGGAAUAAAACGUGGCGAUCAGAGAUUCUUGUUUUUAUUCUACCUUUACCUUUCUUUGGCUUAUUCCUGUUUGUUUUGAUACUCUCUUUUCUUCCUACGAAAUUUGUUGAAACACAACCUUACGGACUUGAAUACGAGUUACGAAUUCAUAAAUUGACGAUAUCACCAAUCGAACACACAUUCCAAAUGAUGGGUGACAGACCACAGGACAAAAUGAGUUCAAAAUCUCAUCAAUCACGAAAAUCCUCUUCAAUAUCACGAAAACUUCUAGCUGCUAGUCUCUGUCUUGCUAUACUUCCUGUUGCUGAGGCCCAUACAUAUUAUCGAAAUCGAGCUACCUGGAAACCGAAUUGGGACCCUAAUCGACCUGUUCGAAAAGGACCUCCUAAAAAGAGAGAUGGAGGAAUACCAUUAGUGGUUAGCAAUAUGUGUCCUGAGACAAUAUGGCCUGGAAUCGGUACUCAAGCAGGAACUGGUGGUGGAGUAGGAGGUUUCGCUCUUCAAACAGGAGAGAGUAAAUCUUUGACAGUCAGUGCAGAUUGGCAAGGAAGAGUCUGGGGACGCACCAAUUGUAGUUUCGCCGUUGGAGGAAAUGGAGCUAGUAAUGCUGCUGGAAAUGAUGGGUCUGGUGCUGCUUGUACUACUGGUGAUUGCGGUGGUUUACUGGAUUGUGCUAUUACUGUAAGUUUUUACUCUGAUAGAAAUGAAUGAUUCCUGACUGUUAUAGGGCGAAACUCCUGUCACUCUAGCAGAGUUUGAUCUGGCAGGGAAUGGAGGUGAACAAACUUUUUAUGAUAUCUCUCUAGUAGACGGCUAUAACAUCCCUUUGGGGAUCGUCUAUAUUCCUGGUGAUAACCCUGCACUUCAGGCCAUUCCACCAAACCUUGUGAAUGCCGCUUGUAUUGCCUCGACCGGUUAUCUCGCGCCCAUAGCAAGCACAGGUACAAAUGGUAAUUCUUCAAAUUCCACUUACCCUAUCCCUUUAGAGGAUACCGUGGACAACGUAGCAGCUAUGAGUUGGUGUCCAUGGAAUCUUCAAAAGACACCACCCACCAAACCAGGUGAUGGCAUUUACCCAUACCCAGACGACAAUAUCCAACGUCCAACAUUCGAUCCCUGUUUCUCCGCCUGCGCCAAAAACAACCACCCAUCAGAUUGCUGCACCGGUGCUUACGAUGAACCUAAUCUAUGUCCUCGCAAUGAAUUCGCCAAUGCGGCAAAUAAAAUUUGUCCAGAUGCAUAUGGAUAUCCUUUCGAUGAUCAAACAUCUACAUUCAUCAUUCCCACGGGUGGUGGAUGGGAAAUCGUCUUUUGUCCUGAAGGAAGAAGUACGAAUAUUCUUAAGGUCCUUGGGGAUGAGAUGAGGAAAAUUGCUAGCACCGGAAAGGUUACGAAGGAUAUUACGGACUUGGCUAUGAAUGAGACGUAUAUUAGUGAGAUGGCGGUUAAGAGUUUGGCGGGAGAGAGUUUGGGUGGGAAGGCUAGGUUGGGGAGUUGGGGGGCAAUGGUGGGGUUUUUGGUUUGGGGGGUUUGGUUGUGGUGAUGAGGUGAUGAGGUGAUGAAGUGUUGAGGUUGAUUAUGUGUGGUGGGAUUGGAUUUGGGGGUAAGGGGGAGUUUAUAGGGGAAGGUUUAUAAAUUGGAUUUAAUUGGUUUGGAUGGGGAGUUAGAGAUUGAAAAAUUUGAAGAUGGAAGUUUGAAAAUGGAAGUUGGAAGGUGGAAGGUGGGAAGUUGAUAGAGAGAUGGUUAUGCGGCGUUGAGAUACCCUUAUUGUGUAAUGAGCUUUAGAUUUAGGCUUUUUUUGCUUUUUGUUUUCGGCUGCGCCGAUAGAUAGAUGGAUGGACAUUCGGAUUCAUAACCUAAUUACCUUUUCUUUCCUUGGUAAUUUUAGAAUUAGAAUUACCUGUACCUUUUUUGCCUAUAACUAUCUAUACCUUUACCUUUACCUGUA